UAUCUUUUUAUUUAUCCUUCCGUCUGAACGAAUCAAAAUGAUUUCUACUCGCUCUGCUCUCUCCGUGAAGAAUGAGAACUCCCUCAGCAGCAACAUCAGCAACAUGUCGCUGGACAAAGAAAUCAUGCCACCGAGCAUGAACACGACCCGCAUCUUGGCGUCUAAAACGGCGCGUAAAAUCUUCAGUGACGCUGCGCCCAAAGCCGUGAAGAAGAGCAGCCGUAGUGAGGAAGAGGAGGAGCCGCUGCUGAAGGAGAACCCUCGUCGCUUCGUCGUCUUCCCCAUCCAGUACCACGACAUCUGGCAGAUGUACAAGAAGGCCGAGGCCUCUUUCUGGACUGCAGAGGAGGUGGAUCUGUCCAAUGACCUGCAGAACUGGGACUCUCUGAAGGACGACGAGAGGUUCUUCAUCUCUCACGUGUUGGCGUUCUUUGCCGCCAGCGACGGCAUCGUCAACGAGAACCUGGUGGAGCGCUUCACACAGGAAGUGCAGGUGACGGAGGCGAGGUGUUUCUAUGGUUUCCAGAUCGCCAUGGAGAACAUCCACUCAGAGAUGUACAGCCUCCUCAUCAACACCUACAUCAAGAAGCCCCAAGAGAGAGAAUACCUGUUCAACGCCAUCGAGACGCUGCCGUGUGUGAAGAAGAAGGCCGACUGGGCGAUCAACUGGAUCGGCAACAAAAGCGCCCAAUUCGGAGAGCGUGUGGUGGCCUUCGCCGCCGUGGAGGGAAUCUUCUUCUCUGGUUCCUUCGCCUCCAUCUUCUGGCUGAAGAAGAGAGGCCUGAUGCCCGGUCUGACCUUCUCCAACGAGCUAAUCAGCAGAGACGAGGGUCUGCACUGUGACUUCGCCUGUCUGAUGUUCAAACACCUGGUGAACAAACCGUCGGCAGAAACCGUCACCAACAUCAUCAGGAACGCCGCGCAGAUCGAGCAGGAGUUCCUGACGGAGGCUCUGCCGGUGAAGCUGAUCGGAAUGAACUGUGAUCUGAUGAAGCAGUACAUCGAGUUUGUAGCCGACAGACUGUUGCUGGAGCUCGGCUUCACAAAGAUCUACCGGGUGGAGAACCCCUUCGACUUCAUGGAGAACAUCUCUCUGGAGGGAAAGACCAACUUCUUUGAGAAGCGCGUGGGCGAGUACCAGAGGAUGGGCGUGAUGUCCGGCACCACGGACAACACCUUCAGAAUGGACGCCGACUUCUGAGGACAGAGGUGGAGCGAGCCACACU